CAGGUCCGAGCAGUAGUAGCCAGCGUUGAUCGAGCUUGGAGUAGACUUAUCCGGAGACGGGGGGAUGGCUCGCACGCGUGGUAGGGCCCCAGCUAGGGGUAGAGGCCGACCUCGAGGUCGUGCCAGAGCUACAGCACCAGCCCAGGACCGAGAGCAAACUCCAGAGCCGGUGAUAGAGCCACCAGCAGCUCCAGCACCGCAGCAGCCGAUGGGUCCGGGAUCAGCCCAGCCACCGCCCGAGCCUGUGGCAGCUCCAGAUAUACAGGCGAUGCUCGUACAGAUACUAGCUGCCAUUGGGGGUAUGCAGCAGGCCCCAGCUCCAGUUGUUCCAGUACCGCAGGGCCAGCCUACACCAGCGGCACCGAUUGUCCAGCCUGACGAUUUGGAGAGCGUCAUGCCACUACGGGAGCAGAAGAUGCUCGGUGUGUUCCUUAGACUAUCACCGCCGAGGUUUUCUGGGGCAGUGGGGGAGGAUGCCCACGAGUUUCUAGUUACUUGCCGCGAGCGGCUACAGACUUUGGGUUUAGUGGAGUCGAGAGGGGCAGACUUCACCGCUUACCAGUUAGACGGUCCCGCCAGGCAGUGGUGGCGUACAUACUUAGAGACCAGGCCAGCUGGGUCUCCACCGGUCACAUGGACUGAGUUUUCAGAGGCCUUCUUGGCCCGAUUUAUUCCCAGGAGCAUCAGAGAUCAGCUCAGAGAUCAGUUUGCUCGGUUAGAGCAGGGCUCCAUGACAGUAUCAGAGUAUGAGGCCCGAUUCCACGAGCUCUCCAGGCAUGCCGCCAUGAUAUUACCUACUGAGGAGGAGAGGGUUCGUUGUUUUGUUCGGGGUUUGAGACUACAGUUGCGGAUUGAGACUCAGUCUUUAGUCUCAGCGGGCCGCUCAUUUCUAGAUGUAGUGGACCAUGCCCGCACUAUCGAGCAGCUCCGUCGCGAGGCCCAAGGGGGCAGCGGCAAGAGACCUAGACAGGAGGAUAGCUAUGAUAGGCGCCGUUUCAGACCCCGAGGGUCUUAUGAUAGAUCCCAGCAGAGGUUUCAGUCGGGUCAGUCUAGUAGCCCCUUCCAGGCUGCUCUCCAGGCAUCAGAGGGUGAUCAGCACCGCCAUAUUGGUUUUAGUGCCGGUCCUAGUCGGGGCCGAGAUAGUUCACAGAUGGGUUCUUCUGGCCGGGGUAGCCGACCUCCAGCUCUCAGUCGACAGUUCCAGGGGUGUUAUGAAUGUGGGGGGUUAGAUCAUUGGGCCCGCGAGUGUCCCCAUCGCAGGUUAGCCUUACCCGCUCCACAGGCAGCUAGGCAUGCGCCAGCACCUCCAGCUAGAGGCAGAGGCCAGGGACAGGACCGUAGGGGUGGUCACCAGGGUAUACGGGGUGGUCCCCGAGGAGGCAGAUUAGGGGGCAGAGUCGAUGCACAGGGUAGGGGAGUCCAGGCCCACUUUUAUGCAGCUCCAGCUAGAGCAGAUGCUGAGACCUCGGACGAUGUGAUCACAGGGAUGGCUCGCACGCGUGGUAGGGCCCCAGCUAGGGGUAGAGGCCGACCUCGAGGUCGUGCCAGAGCUACAGCACCAGCCCAGGACCGAGAGCAAACUCCAGAGCCGGUGAUAGAGCCACCAGCAGCUCCAGCACCGCAGCAGCCGAUGGGUCCGGGAUCAGCCCAGCCACCGCCCGAGCCUGUGGCAGCUCCAGAUAUACAGGCGAUGCUCGUACAGAUACUAGCUGCCAUUGGGGGUAUGCAGCAGGCCCCAGCUCCAGUUGUUCCAGUACCGCAGGGCCAGCCUACACCAGCGGCACCGAUUGUCCAGCCUGACGAUUUGGAGAGCGUCAUGCCACUACGGGAGCAGAAGAUGCUCGUGGACCAUGCCCGCACUAUCGAGCAUCUCCGUCGCGAGGUCCAAGGGGGCAGCGGCAAUAGAGCUAGACAGGAGGAUAGCCAUGAUAGGCGCCGUUUCAGACCCCGAGAGUCUUAUGAUAGAUCUCAGCAGAGGUUUCAGUCGAGUCAGUCUAGUAGCCCCUUCCAGGCCUCUCUCCAGGCAUCGGAGCGUGAUCAGCACCGCCAUAUUGAGCUAUUGGUUGAGCCGUUGCGUGUUUCAACCCCGGUAGGUGAUUCUUUAGUAGUGGAUCUGGGCUCUUGUAGUCGCACACCAAUUGGGGUGAUAUCUUUUGUUCGGGCCCACAGGUUGAUGGCUAGCGGGUGUUUGGCUUAUUUAGCUUAUGUUAGAGAUGUUAGUAGGGAGGGUCCUACCGUUGAUUCAGUACCUAUUGUUCGAGAGUUUACAGAUGUGUUUCCUGCUGAUCUGCCUGGUCUCCCUCCUGAUCGUGACAUUGACUUUUCUAUUAAAGUAAACCAAGGCAUUAAGCCCAUUUCUAUACCACCGUACCAUAUGGCCCUCGUAGAGCUCAAGGAGCUCAGUGUUCAGAUUCAGGAUCUCUUGGAUAAGAGAUUCAUUCGGCCUAGUGUAUCGCCUUGGGUCUUCAUAGAUGACAUUCUAGUAUACUCGCGGAGCCGGGAGGAGCGUGAGCAGCAUUUGAGGAUAGUGCUUCAGACUUUGAGAGGCCAGCGACUUUAUGCUAAGUUCUCAAAGUGUGAGUUUUGGCUUGAGUCCGUAUCAUUCUUGGGGUACGUGGUGUCUAAGGAUGGCAUUAUGGUAGAUCCCGCUAAGAUUGAGGCAAUUCGUGAUUGGGCCAGGCCCACUUCUGUGACUGAGAUUCGUAGCUUAGUCGGAUUGGCAGGCUACUAUAGGCGUUUUGUUGAGGGAUUUUCUACUAUAACAGCGCCUUUGACUCGGUUGACUCGCUAG